CAAAGAUAACCGCCUCAAUCAAGCUUGACACUGUUCGCUGGUGAUAAACCACCUAGUUAAUCAAGCAGAAAUGGUGGAAGCUGGCUCAGAUGCCGCAUUCGCUUACCAUGAACCGCCAAUAACAACUAUACUGAACCAGACUGGAUUCCUCGUCGUUUUGAAUCUCGUGAAUGUCUGCCUUGACAGAAUACUAUACUGUGGGCUCGUCGGACAGCUCUUUAUCGGCAUCCUGUGGGGCACCCCUGGCGCACAGUGGCUCAAUCGUGAGACAGAGACUGUGAUCCAACAGUUAGGGUAUCUAGGACUGAUCAUGUUAGUAUACGAGGGCGGUCUGUCAACAUCUAUCAAGUCCGUGAGGGCAAACCUCCUGGUUUCCGUCUGCGUUGCCAUCACCGGCAUUGGAGCACCGAUGGGUCUGUCGUUCGUUCUGAAAGGGCUCGUCAAUGCAACCGCGUUACAAGCAUUCGCUGCAGGCGCAGCCCUCAGCGCGACCAGUCUCGGAACCACCUUUACGAUACUUUCCACGACGAAUCUGAUCGCCACGCGCCUAGGGACAGUCACGACCAGCGCCGCAAUGCUAGAUGACGUCGUCGGGCUCGUCAUGGUUCAAAUCAUCUCGAACCUCGGCGGGAACGCUUCAUCGUUCAGCUCGCUGACGGUUAUCCGUCCCGUCUUCGUCUCUGUCGGUUUUGCCGUGGGUCUUUUCCUUCUGUGUGCGCUCGUCAUCAAGCCAAUUUUCAAAAGAAUCGUCUCCGCGAAGCCCAGGGUCCCUGAUUUCAUGGCAAGCGUGCAAUUCGCAUUUCUAUAUCAGACGGUUUUCCUCGUGGGACUUGUCGCUGGGGCCACUUAUGCGGGCACGUCGAGCCUGUUCGCGGCUUACCUUGCGGGCGUUACAGUCACUUGGUUUGACGGUAUGCUUACAGAGUCAAAGGUGCCACCUAGUGCUGCUUCUCCUGGGUCAUCCCCGACAAACCGCGUUUCUUCAAACAGCGGGGCCCAAGACAGUGAUGCCUGCCAUCCCAGAAGGCAGUCCCAGACCUCAAAUACAACCCCCGCAAACGCAGCACAACGCGCCGAACCCGCAACAGGCGAGAAGGUCUACGAGAAAUAUUACAAACAGCCCGUGAACCGAAUCCUCACGCCACUAUUCUUCGCAUCCAUCGGGUUCGCAAUCCCCAUCACCGAAAUGUUUCAAGGAAGUGUAGUCUGGCGCGGCAUCAUCUACGCGCUUUUGAUGGCGUUCGGGAAAUUGAUCACUGGUAUCUGGCUCGUUCGGUUCUCUUUCUCAUCCCGCCCCUUGUCAAGCUUCGCAAGCGGAUUGAAACGACCGUUCUCUCGCAUCCGUUUUUUCUGCAUACCCGCUCGAACCAGCAACGAUCACAACAAGAAACGACAUACCCAAGCUGAACCGAACCCCCCCAUGCAGUCAUCAGAUACCCAAAAAGGCGCCGCCAGCCACCCCGAACCCCAACCACAACCCCACACAACCACCCCUCACCAACCCCCAACACACCCCUUCCCCUUCCCCCCAAAACCAAAGUCCCUCUAUCCCCCCUCAAUCCUCGGUCUGGCGAUGAUCGCGCGCGGCGAAGUCGGGUAUCUCAUCGCGUCGCUCGCGCAGAGCCAAGGCAUGUUCGGGGUUGGGUCGUCUGGGGGAACGUCCGAGAUCUAUUUGGUUGUUAUCUGGGCGAUAUCGAUUUGUACGCUUGUUGGGCCGAUCUGUGUUGGCUUGCUUGUCAGGCGCGUGAAGAAGGUACAGGAGGUUCGGGGUGCGUCCUCUGGCUCGGAUCCGUUGGGGGUGUGGGGGAUUUGA